GAAAAUAUUUUUAAAUCCGGAGUAACACUUUCGAGAGAAGAAGUUACUGAAAUUCCAGCACUAGGAUUUUAUGAUGAGCUUAUGUUUUUGUUCUCUGAUUUCUCCUUGUCCUUCACCUUUAAUUUACGACUCCAAUUUUCCAUGGAAUUUGAAUCUUAACCGCUCCGUUAGCCCUCUCACUUUUUCUACUCACGGCAACGAUAGGAGUUUCGUUGCCAGGGUUGCUCAACGAGGAUACGAAGUAGGUAAUAUUUCACUGCAGAGCCCGACUAUCGAGGCAGAGGAAGAAAAUGAAGUGGUUGAUGAACUCGUUAAUGGAUCCGUCGUCGCUGAAUCGGUGGAAGAGGAUACACCGAGAUCGGUAAGAGUUAGAAAGAAGAGAGAUGACGGUGAUGGUAGUGAUGAUGAAAGCUUUGAGGAUAGAUUCAAGCUACGAAAUGGGAGGGAGGUUUUUGAAGAAAAAGCUUAUUUAGUGGGCGUAGAGCGAAAAGGCGAGACGUCGGAUUCUUUUGCCAUCGAGGAGUCGCUGAAGGAGCUGGCUCAGCUGGCCGACACCGCUGGGCUUAUGGUGGUUGGUUCAACUUAUCAAAAGUUAGCUUCUCCCAACCCGAGGACAUAUAUAGGAUCAGGAAAGGUCGCAGAAAUUAAGAGCGCAAUUCGUGCUUUUGAGGUUGAGACUGUAAUAUUUGAUGAUGAGCUCUCACCGGGGCAAUUGCGGAAUUUGGAGAAGGCAUUCGGUGGGGAUGUUAGAGUUUGUGAUCGGACUGCUCUAAUCCUGGAUAUCUUCAAUCAGCGAGCUGCAACGCAUGAAGCAGCUUUACAGGUUGCAUUGGCUCAAAUGGAAUACCAAUUGCCACGUCUUACUAAAAUGUGGACUCACCUUGAGCGUCAAGCUGGAGGCAAGGUGAAGGGUAUGGGUGAGAAACAAAUUGAAGUGGACAAACGUAUCUUACGUACUCAAAUUGGAGUUCUUAAAAAAGAGCUUGAAUCUGUCAGAAAACAUCGAAAGCAAUAUAGAAACCGCCGGUUUUCUGUUCCCGUUCCUGUAGUAUCUUUGGUUGGGUACACAAAUGCUGGCAAGAGUACACUUUUAAAUCAAUUGACUGGAGCUAAUGUUCUUUCAGAGGACCGACUGUUUGCUACCCUUGAUCCAACAACAAGAAGGGUUCAGAUGAAAAAUGGAAGUGAAUUUCUUCUUACUGAUACUGUUGGUUUCAUCCAAAAGUUGCCAACAACCCUGGUUGCUGCAUUCAGAGCUACAUUAGAGGAGAUAUCUGAGUCUUCUCUUUUAGUGCAUGUGGUGGACAUCAGCCAUCCCCUAGCAGAGCAGCAGAUAGAUGCUGUGGAAAAAGUUCUAGCAGAACUAGAUGUGUCAGAAAUUCCAAAAUUAAUGGUCUGGAACAAGGUCGAUAAAGUUACUGAUCCAGAAAAGAUCAAGUUAGAAGCAGAGAGAAGGGAAGAUAUUGUUUGUAUAUCUGCUUUGACUGGUGAGGGCUUGCUGGAAUUCUGCACUGCUGUGCAGGAAAAACUAAAGGAUUCCAUGGUUCCGGUGGAAGCUUUUGUCCCAUUUGACAAAGGGGAACUUCUGAGUACCAUACAUCAGGUUGGAAUGGUGGAGAAAACUGAAUAUACCGAAAACGGGACAUUUGUCAAGGCAUUUGUCCCUCUUCGUUUUGCUAGGCUGCUUACCCCAAUGAGGCAACUGUGUAAAUCAUAACUUUCAACUCUCUUGAAUGUAACCUUUCAAUAGUUUGUAUUAAAUUCGAUGAGUUCUCAAGAGCAAGAGGGUGAUUUGGGAGGACAGCAGCAGCACAUUUUUCAGUACAGCAUUGCCCCAAUACCAGUGUAUAUAGAAUACCCAGCUCCGUUGUCAUUAAAUAUGUAAUAGACGUUGAACUUGACAACAAUGAAUGUCGGUUUUCUGUGUAAAUUUGAUGUGCUAGAUUAUAAGACCCCAAGGCACUAGCAUGACUAAAUCGUCAGAUAUUGAAUAAAACAGGGGUUCAUACUUCA